AUGCUCGGUCAAUCUCUCAGGGCCUCGCGCCAGUCGCUCCUCCGUCUUGCUAAGCAGCAGUCGGCCACCACCUUCCGCCGCACCUUUGUCACUCCCACUGCUGUUCGCCAAGCCGAUCUCGUUCAGGACCUCUACCUCCGCGAGCUUAAGGCCUACAAGCCUCCUACCGUCAAGGCCUCUGACUCCGAGGGUCAAGUCCAGAAGUUCUCUCUUCCUCAAGCCCCUGCUUCCCCCGAGGAGGCCGACAUUGCCAGCCAGCUCAGCGCAUACGAGUCCCAGGAGGUCGAGGUUGAGGGUCAAUCCACUGAGGCCGGUGCUGCCCCCGUCGAGGACUGGUUCGAUGAGAGCGAGCUUGCCGACGAGGAGCCUGCCCACCACUAA